AUGCCUCCCAAUGCUGGUCCCGUACGACUCUUUGGCCUCCUGGUUUCUGGAAUCUCGCUGCUGUUGGCUAGACGUUGCCGCGGUUUGCCUCAGGAUCUCGGUCCUUACAAACAACGGCACGGACAUGAUGAAGACGAGGACAGUGACGAGAAUAAAGACGACGACCACGGGGGAAGACCUGCUCUAACUUCACCUCCCUUGGCAGGCCAGGUUGCUCUCUCCGAUACAACCACGAUAACGUUCUACUCUCACUCUCACACGCCCACAAUGCGAGUUCCUGCGGGAUCGACUUCAUGGAUUAGGCAGCUUCCUUCCCCGGUCUGGCCAGAAGCAAACUCUGAAGAGUCCCUCAUCGCUUCCCGUGCCCAAGCUCAUCAGGAUGCCCUAGCAGGUCUCGGAAAGGGCGGUAUCGUCGGGGCGUCUCUUGGAGGCGUGAUCAUCCUCGCCUUAAUCAUUAUGCUCAUAACCGCAUGCCUCAGGAAAAGGCGCAAAGCACGGAGACAGCCACGAAGGUCGACGACAAUCACGACCUUCCUUCGAAACAGCACCGUUAAGCCGUCUCAGCGGCGCCAAAGUCGACAGUCUGGAUCCACCUUUCCGGACUCCGACCUGGGCUUCGGCACUAGCACUCCAUACCACGGUGACAACUUCGCAACCUCGCAUCAGCAACGGGGACAGUCGGGCUCGGGUAUUAGCAACUUGGAUGGCAGUGGCGUCGCGACAGCAGCGCCCCUGACAGGGGCGGGUGAUGGAAGAGGGCCCGUUCAACUUCACACCUCUCACGAAAGCGACGAAUCGUCUCUUCCCAGCCCCCUCUACCCGCCUCCAGGUCUUAGCAACCUUGGCCACCACUCCUACUCCGAUUCGGGUCACAAAGAUUCACCUUUCCCUGAAGCACAUGUUGCUGUUCUUGACGGACUUGACCCUGAACGCCAAUCGACCCUGAGCUCGGAAGGAACUCAUGGCCCCAAGCGAGACGUAAAGGAGACAGAAGAGGAUCCUGGGGAUGACGAGGAACCUGAGGGAAGGGGUGCACGUACAGACCUUCCAGAUAUCGUAGUAACUCGGGCCAGUGUCACGGGUAGCAUCGACUCUCGUCGUGAGCCUCCUCCGUAUAGUUUCACGUAAUGUUCGAACUUGGUGUAUACCCCAAAUUACUUACCUUGACGUCAAUGGCGAAUUCCC